GAAAAAAAGAGUUAAAAGAGGCCAAGCCAAGACCUCAAGAACAAAGCUAACUAUCAUCUAUGGAUAAGAUCCAACACACUGUCUGUUAACACUUCCUUUGUAAAAACCACAUCAUCCAUGGCUGGUCUCACUACCAGCACCUCCUUCACCCUCACACCCAUACCAACCAAACUCCCUUCCUUUAAUUCUUCCCUUUUUGGUAUUCGUUUUCACAAUCCUCAGCUCCGUUCUUGUUCUUGUUCCUCCCUUGUUUACUAUUCUGCCACUGUUACAGCCCGUUAUGGGGGUGGAGGCGGCCGAGGAGGUUUUCGGCCGCCCCCACGGACCGAGGAAGAUGAAGCACUUGACAUUUCAUCUAUCAGGUCAGACAAGGUUAGGCUGAUUGAUGAUAAGCAGAACAUGUUGGGGAUAGUGUCAAAAAUAGAAGCUAUUCAGAGAGCUGAGGAUGCAAGCCUUGACUUGGUGAUUCUAUCUCCAGAAGCAGAGCCGCCGGUUGUCAAAAUGAUGGAUUACAAUAAAUACAAGUAUGAACUGCAAAAGAAGAAAAAGGAGCAGCAAAAGAAAAAUGCUGCCAACCGCAUGGAUUUAAAGGAGCUCAAAAUGGGUUACAAUAUUGAUUCUCAUGAUUAUUCAGUGCGUUUGAAAGCUGCUCAGAAGUUCUUGAAAGAGGGUGACAAGGUAAAAGUCAUAGUGAACUUAAAAGGCCGUGAAAAUGAGUUCAGAAAUAAUGCUAUUGAGCUAUUAAGGCGUUUUCAGACUGAUGUCGGUGAGCUUGCAACUGAGGAGAACAAGAAUUUCAGGGAUAGGAACGUCUUCAUAAUUUUGGUACCGAAUAAGGCUCUUGUACAGAAAGCUCCAGAGCAACCGAAGAAAAAGGAAAAACCAGCAACUGAAGCAACUGAAGUUUCAGCCAGUUUUUGAGCAUCAGAUGAAUUUAUUAGAAGGGUCAUUAGCAGAUAAUCAAUGCAUAUAUUUCUCAAGUGAAAAGGUGAGAGGUGCCACCCUGAUAUAUGUCUUGUAUAGAAUUUAGUCACAUACAAGCCUGUAAUAGGAUAUACACUUGUGUAGUGUCUAUAACAGUAGCAAGAUACAUUCAGUUUUUGUAGUAACAUCUAAUAGGUAAAGUUGAAGGAAGUUAAGCUUUACUUCACUUGUUGUAUUUUACAUGAUUUUUACAUAACGAAUUUGAGUAUUUUCUAAGCA